AUGGACCUCGUUCAAAGAAACCGCGUCAAGACUCUCGAUGCCCUUCUAAGCUCAGGUCAAGCUCAGGUGCUUAAUGAACUUCUUGUAUGGGUUGCCGGCUUGAGCUAUCAACCCUCCACCAAGUUGCUCGAAAGCGUUCUUUUUCUCACUUCUGGCGAGGAAUUCCUGCUUGCAGAUCAGAUUGCUACUACCUACUCGCCUGUGCUCCCGAUUAGCAAAGAGGGUGAUGUAGGAUUCAAAGAUGGCCUUCGAGACAUUCUAUCCGCAAGCGGUACCUCCGAUUCCGAAUCCGCACUCACUCAGUUACAUGACGAAGCGAUCACAUGGCAGGCAAUUGAACCGUACCAACUGCCGCAAGUCUCGGUAGCCGACACAGGCGUCCCAAGUGCUGGAGAUACUACAAAGACAAGCGCUGAAGCAUCUUACGCGAACGGUGUCCCGACGACACCAGACAAGAAGUCUGAAGUUGACUCAGACGCUUCUUCAUCAACUACAGCUAAGACCAAGGCGUACAUCUCAGGAUACAUCUGCGACGGAGGCUGCGGGACAGAAUGGGAGAACGUACUAGCCGACUGUCACGUCUGCAAGCACUGUCUCUGCGUACAAUUCUGCUCAGCAUGUUACAAGAAGCUCCAAGCCGGCGACCUACACCCUCUGAUAUGUAACCAAGACCACAAGAUGCUCUUUCUACCGCCGUUUGACUGGGAUGCAUGGCGUACCAUGCCGACAGACAUGAUGAUCAUGGACAAGCAGCUAGUUCCUCGCCGGGAAUGGGUCGACAGGAUUCGCAAAGAGUAUGAUGUACAGCAGGAACAGAUUGACAUGACGAAGCUGGAGAAGGCGAAGGAGCUGAAAGCUGCCAGUGUCAUUGCAGUGCGGUGGCGCAGCAGGUUGAAGAAGAUUAGGGAUAAAAACACGUCGACGGCGCCUACACUUCGACGAGUGAAGACAGUCUGGUAG